GGUAAUGCAGCUGAAUAUUGAAUUAUUACCUUUUACUAUGCUGCAUUUCCCAUUGAAAAUGAAUUGGUCUAUCAAGAUGGAUGCCUUGCAUUUCUAUCCGGCGGAGCUACUGGGUGGCGUUGUGGCUGUGGUUGCCAUAUGCGGCACAGUUGCAUACAUUUAUCGCAACAGAAGACGCUGUCGCCAGGGUUGCUUGGACCCUGAAAAUUUUAAGGAGUUCAAACUGGUAAAAAAAACUCCACUCAAUCAAUAUGCUGCAAAAUUCAGAUUUGCUCUUCCUUCAUCCUCUUCAAUAUUGGGCGUUCCUGUUGGACAGCACGUAAUUUGCAGGGGAACAGAUUCUAAAGGUGAAGAAGUGAUCAGACCAUAUUGCCCGAUUACUCUGGAUUCUGAUGUUGGAUACUUUGAAUUGGUUGUAAAGAUGUAUCCACAAGGAAAAAUGUCCCAUCAUUUUAGACAGAUGCGCGAGGGUGAUCUCCUUGCUGUGAAGGGACCAGCGGGAAGAUUCAGGUACACACCUGGCCAAGCUCGAGCUUUUGGGUUGCUUGCUGGAGGCAGCGGUAUUACCCAAAUGUUUCAGAUUGUACGAGCUAUACUGGAGAACCCAAGAGACAAGACAAUUGCGCAUCUCAUUUAUGCUAAUGCCACCUUAGACGACAUUCUCUUGAAGGAAGAGCUUGAUGCAUAUGCUAGCAAAUUCCCCGAACGUUUCAAAGUUUAUUAUGUUUUAGAGAAGCCUCCUCCUAAAUGGGAAUAUGGUGUUGGGUAUAUCUCCAAGGAAAUGAUUCAGAGGCAUUGCCCACCUCCAGCCCCUGAUAUUCAGAUAUUGAUUUGCGGUUCAGAAGGCAUGAACAGAGCCAUGACUGAUCAUCUAAAUGCACUAGGAUACACACCCAAUAUGCAAUUUGUAUUCUGAGAAAAUGAAGCUUCUGUGAGUCUCUUGCAUUUGAAUAAAUGUUUCAGGAUAACAAUCACGAGUUUCAUUGAACAUCAAGAUAAAAUGAAACUUCACACCAUUUAAAGAAAUUGUAAUUAUUUUA